AUGCGGUUCUCAUCGCUCUUUGUGGCGGCUCUUGUGCCACUUGGCCUUGUUGCUGAAGGCGUGCCCGGAACGCUGUCGCCUGAAGAAUUAAACCUCGAUGAGAUAUUGGCAAGACACAACCUCGCAUUGGUACCUCGUUCAGAUCUCACCGAGGCUCUCACAGAACUCAAUGGGUUGCUUAAGAAGAACCAAGCACUGCAACAAAAAGUCGCCUUAUUUCCCAGAGCAAACACAACAGGCGGCCAAGGCUCCGGGUCCGGGUCUGGAGGCGCUCAAGCUGCUGGCUUACUAGGAGACCUCGGCGGCUUACUCGACAUCAUCCCGAUCGUCAAGGACAUUGCUGGAUACCUCAAAGCUAUAGAAGGUUUGCUAAGUCCGGAAUUCCUCCAGGCUCUUCAUGAUGCCAUGAUAUACCUAGCAGCGACUCUUAAGCCACCCGUCCCAAGUCAAGUCGGGCAGCUUCUCAAUAGCACAAUACCUCUCGUACAACUACUCGGAAAGCUUGACUUGGAGAAACUGGUCAAUGAAAUCGGAGAUAUCGACCUUGGAGGACUGGUCAAAUCGAUUCUUGGCUUGCUGACGCAGAAGAACAUCGACAACAUCGGCAACCUUUUAUCCAACGGUGCUGCAUUGCUCACCCCAACUUUCGUCAACCAGACACAAUCCUUGAUCGGCGAGGCAUCUCCCUUGUUGGAUGCCCUGAAGGGCAUCGACCUCAAGAAGCUUUUUGACCAACUUGGGCCACUUCUUGAAGAGCUCGGCGACAUUGACCUUGCUGGCGUCCUCAAGGCAGUGCAGCCGCUGCUCACAAGCGACAGCAUCAAGGGCAUUGUUGGUCUCUUGGGUAAUGCAGAAGAUCUCUUAACAAAGGACUUUGUGAACAACACCCAAUCACUUAUCGCCGGGGCUGGUCCACUUCUCGGAAGUCUCAAGGAUGUUGACAUCAAGAGCUUGGUGGAUCAGAUUAGUCCGAUCUUGAAGGAGGUCGCCAAGAUUGACUUGGUUGGCCUCUUUGAUGCCAUCAAGCCCCUGUUGACAAGCGAUAGCGUGAAGGGUAUCGUAGGUCUUCUGGAUAACGCAGAAGAUCUCUUAACGAAGGACUUUGUGAAUAACACUCAAUCGCUCAUUGCCGGCGCUGGUCCACUUCUCGGAAGUCUCAAGGACGUGGACAUCAAGAGCUUGGUGGACCAAAUCAGUCCGAUCUUGAAGGAGGUCGCCAAGAUUGACUUGGUUGGCCUCUUUGAUGCCAUCAAGCCCCUGUUGACAAGCGAUAGUGUGAAGGGCAUCGUUGGCCUUCUUGACAAUGCGGAACUGCUUCUGACGAAGAAGUUUGUCAAUGAAACCCAAAGCCUCAUCUACAGCGCUGGUCCCCUCGUUGGAAGCCUUGGCAAGCUUGACCUCCAGAAGUUGAUUGACCAAAUAGAACCGCUACUCGACGAAUUGACGAAACUUGAUCUUGCCGGUCUCCUGAAGGCCCUUGAACCAUUGCUUACCGAAGACAGCAUCAAAGGCAUCGUUGGUUUGCUUGGCAACGCAGAGCUGCUGUUGAACAAGAAAUUUGUGGAACAAACUCAGAAUCUGAUAUCAAAGGCCGGUCCCCUGAUUGAUGCCUUGGGCGAGCUAGACUUGCAAGACCUGCUUAAACAGCUAGCACCGAUCCUGAGCGCUCUAGGCAAGAUCGACCUGCCUGGCUUGUUUGAGGCCCUCAAGCCAUUAUUGACCAAGCAGAGCAUUCAGGGCAUUGUUGGACUGCUGGGCAAUGCAGAGAAACUUCUCACUGGCGAGUUCGUAGACGACACACAGACGUUGAUCAAGGGUGCGACGCCGUUGAUCGCAGAGCUGGGCAAGCUCAAUUUGGAGGACUUGAUCAAGCAGCUUCAGCCUCUUCUCAGCGCACUCGGCAAGAUAGACCUUGCCGGUCUGCUCAAGGCUUUGGGGCCACUGCUAACAGAAAAGAGCAUCAAGGGAAUAGUCGGCCUCCUGGGCAAUGCUGAGAAGCUGCUCACAGGAGAGUUCGUCGAUGAGACGCAAACUCUGAUCAAGGGCGCGACUCCGCUGGUCGCCUCAUUGGGCAAGUUGAACUUGCAAGACUUGAUCAAACAGUUGGGACCCUUGCUCAACAUGCUUGGCAAGCUGGACUUGGAAGGCAUACUCGAGUCCCUUGCGCCGCUAUUGACCAAGGAUAGUAUCAAGGGUAUUGUUGGCCUUCUUGACAACGCGGAGGACCUCUUGACCGGCAAAUUCGUCAACCAGACUCACACAUUGAUUGAUGGUGCCGUUCCACUGGUCGGCGCUCUGGGCACCAUCGAUCUCCCUGGUCUUAUCACCAAGCUGAAGCCGCUACUGGAUGCCCUAGGUGACAUCGACCUUGGCAAGCUCAUCAAGCAGAUCACUCCUAUCCUCAAUGCCUUGGGUGAGGUUGAUCUCAAGGGCAUUUUCGACACUCUUGCACCGUUCCUCACCCCCAAGACUGUUCAAGGCCUCAUUGGCCUCUUGGCCAACGCUGAGUCCCUGUUGACCAGCCAGUUUGUCAAUGAAACGCAGACAAUUAUUCACGGAGCAGCGCCACUUAUCUCAGAUCUAGAAGGUGCUGAUAUUUCAGGACUCCUGAAACAAGUGAAGCCGCUUCUCAAUUCCCUCAGCAAGAUUGAUCUUGCUGGAUUGGUCGAUGCAGUUAAACCUGUCCUGGAUGCUGUCAAGAAGAUUGACAUUGAAGGCAUCGUCGACACCGUGACCCCUCUGAUUACCCCCAAGAGCAUCAAGGGUGUCCUGGGAUUGCUUGGAAAUGCUGAGCAGCUUCUGACCGAGACAUUUGUAUCGCAAACAUCCGAGUUGAUCGGCGAUGCAACACCUCUCGUGGCCACGGUAUCAGAUUUCGUAAAAGCAAUUUUCCAAUCAUUAAUGGGACAAAAUUAA